GGGAGGGGAGCGGAGGAGGGGCCUGCGCGCCCUCGGUUCCCGCGCCGGCCUCCGCGCCCUCGCGCGCCGCAGCAUCUCCGCCACCAACGCUGCCGCCGGGCCUCCUCGCCGCCCCCUCCCCGGCCUGGCCGCCUCCCGCCGCCGCCGCCGCCGCCGCCGCCUCCGCCGCCGCCAUUCCUGGCGCCCUAGCUCUCCCGGCCGGGAGCAGCCGCGGGCAGGACGCGCGCUCCAGACUCUGCUAACACCAGAUAGUAGAAAGAAACCAUAUGCUGAAAUGUUUGACAACACUGAUCGUUUGCAAAGAUUUCUGAAGACGUCUUUCUAGAAGUGACUGGAAAGUUUCAAGAGGCAUAAGAUACAGAUACCAGUUUCCAAAGAGAGAAAUUCUCUCCUGGCUCUGGACUCAGCCUGGGCUGACCGCAGCCUGCUUACUGGGACGCCGAGAGGACUGACUGCAGUUGGGGACGUAGCAUUUCUUGAGGCCCUAAAGAAGUAUCAAGGGGGCUUUGACAUUGUAGUGGUGAGAGCGGCCCCUCUUCACCUGGAGAACUGGGAGAUGUGGAUUCUCAGGGACCUCAUCGCUCACCAGCUCCAGGCUGUGCUGUUGGCCCUGGUCCUGGGGCGCUGAGCCGCGUCCGCAAUAGCACACUUGCCUGGCCACUUGCUGCCGUGAGCCUUUGUGGCUGGAGGCCCUGGGGCUGCCCCUACCUGAUGAAGAUGCGCUGCCCCAUUAGGGGGCUGCUCACGGCCCUUGCAGUGGUGUUUGGGACAGCGAUGGCGUUUGCACCCAUGCCCCGGAUCACCUGGGAGCACAGAGAGGUGCAUCUCUUGCAGUUUCACGAGCCAGACAUCUACAACUAUUCAGCCUUGCUGCUGAGCGAGGACCAGGACACCUUGUACAUAGGCGCCCGGGAGGCGAUCUUCGCUGUGAACGCACUCAACGUCUCUGAGAAGCAGCACGAGGUACAUUGGAAGGUCUCAGAAGACAAAAAAGCAAAAUGCGCAGAAAAGGGGAAAUCAAAACAGACAGAGUGCCUCAACUACAUCCGGGUGCUGCAGCCGCUCGGUACCACUUCCCUUUACGUGUGUGGGACCAACGCAUUCCAGCCGGCCUGCGACUACCUGAGCUUAACAUCCUUUAAGUUUCUGGGGAGAAAUGAAGAUGGCAAAGGAAGAUGUCCCUUUGACCCAGCACACAGCUACACAUCCGUCAUAGUUGAUGGAGAACUUUAUUCGGGGACGUCGUAUAAUUUUUUGGGAAGUGAACCCAUCAUCUCCCGAAAUUCUUCCUCUAGUCCUCUGAGGACAGAAUACGCAAUCCCUUGGCUGAAUGAGCCUAACUUCGUGUUUGCUGACGUGAUCCGAAAAAGCCCAGACAGCCCCAACGGCGAGGAUGACAGGGUCUACUUCUUCUUCACGGAGGUGUCUGUGGAGUACGAGUUCGUGUUCAGGCUGCAGAUCCCACGAAUAGCAAGAGUGUGCAAGGGGGACCAGGGCGGCCUGAGGACCUUGCAGAAGAAGUGGACCUCCUUCCUGAAGGCCCGACUCAUCUGCUCCCGGCCAGACAGCAGCUUGAUCUUCAAUGUGCUGCGAGACGUCUUCGUGCUCAGGUCCCCGGGCCUGAAGGGGCCUGUGUUCUACGCGCUCUUCAGCCCACAGCUGAACAACGUGGGGCUGUCGGCAGUGUGUGCCUACAACCUGUCCACGGCCGACGAGGUCUUCUCCCACGGGAAGUACAUGCAGAGUGCCACGGUGGAGCAGUCCCACACCAAGUGGGUGCGCUACAAUGGCCCGGUACCCAAGCCGCGGCCUGGAUCGUGCAUCGACAGCGAGGCGCGGGCAGCCAACUACACCAGCUCCUUGAACUUGCCAGACAAGACGUUGCAGUUCGUCAAAGACCACCCUCUGAUGGACGACUCGGUAACCCCAAUAGACAACAGGCCCAGGUUAAUCAAGAAAGAUGUGAACUACACCCAGAUCGUGGUGGACCGGACCCAGGCUCUGGAUGGGACUGUCUAUGACGUCAUGUUUGUCAGCACAGACCGGGGAGCUCUGCACAAAGCCAUCAGCCUCGGGCACUCCGUGCACAUCAUUGAGGAGACCCAGCUUUUCCAGGACUUCGAGCCGGUCCAGACCCUGCUGCUGUCUUCAAAGAAGGGCAAGAGGUUCGUCUACGCCGGCUCUAACUCGGGAGUGGUCCAGGCCCCACUGGCCUUCUGCGGGAAGCACGGCACCUGUGAGGACUGUGUGCUGGCACGGGACCCCUACUGUGCCUGGAGCCCGCCCACGGCGACCUGCGUGGCUCUGCACCAGACCGAGAGCCCCAGCAGGGCUUUGAUUCAGGAGAUGAGCGGCGAUGCCUCUGUGUGCCCGGAUAAAAGUAAAGGAAGUUACCGGCAGCAUUUUUUCAAGCACGGUGGCACAGCAGAGCUGAAAUGCUCCCAAAAGUCCAACCUGGCCCAGGUGUUUUGGAAGUUCCAGAAUGAUGUGUUGAAGGUCGAGAGCCCCAAGUAUGGUCUCAUGGGCAGAAAAAACCUGCUUAUCUUCAACCUGUCAGAAGGAGACAGUGGGGUGUACCAGUGCCUGUCAGAGGAGAGGGUUAAGAACAAGACGGUCUUCCAAGUGGUUGCCAAGCAUGUCCUGGAGGUGAAGGUGCUUCCCAAGCCCGUGGUGGCCCCCACCUUGCCAGUUGUUCAGACCGAAGGUAGUAGGUUUGCCACCAAAGUGUUGGUGGUAUCCUCCCAAGGGUCUUCUUCCCCGACCCCAGCUGUGCAGGCCACCUCCGCUGGGGCUGUCACCCUCCCUCCCAAGCUUGCGCCCACCGGCACAUCCUGCGAACCAAAGAUCGUCAUCAACACGGUCCCUCAGCUCCGCUCGGAGAAAACCAUGUAUCUUAAGUCCAGCGACAACCGUCUCCUCAUGUCCCUCUUCCUCUUUUUCUUUGUUCUCUUCCUCUGCCUCUUUGUCUACAACUGCUAUAAGGGCUACCUGCCCGGACAGUGCUUGAAAUUCCGCUCGGCCCUGCUGCUCGGGAAGAAGAAGCCCAAGUCCGAUUUUUGUGACCGUGAGCAGAGCCUGAAGGAGACAUUGGUGGAGCCAGCGAGCUUCUCCCAGCAGAAUGGGGACCACCCCAAGCCGGCCCUGGACACUGGCUAUGAGACCGAGCAAGACACCAUCACCAGCAAAGUCCCCACAGACAGGGAGGACUCGCAGAGGAUCGACGACCUCUCUGCCAGGGACAAGCCCUUCGACGUCAAGUGUGAGCUGAAGUUCGCUGACUCAGACGCAGAUGGAGACUGAGGCCGGCUGCGUGUCCCCGCUGGCGCCUCGGCUGUGAUGUGUCCAGGCGUGGAGAGUGUUGUGUUUCUGCUGUUCAGUAUCCAAGUCUCGUGCCGUGCUGCGUAGGUUAGCCCGCGUCGUGCAGACAACCCUAGUCCUCUGUCUUAUUUUCUCCCGGGUUGAGCCUGUGACUUGGUUUCUCUUUGUCCUUUUGGGAAAAUGACUAGCAUUGCAUCCCGGUCUCGUGGUCCGCAGUCAGUCGGAGCACUUGAAGGAGUCCCGCAGGUGGCGCGGAGUUCCGGAGCCCUUUCUGUAGUGGGGGAAAGGUGGCUGGACCUCUGUUGGCUGAGAAGAGCAACCUUCGGCUUCCCCUCCUCCUAGCAGCCACUAAAAGAUGAUUUAAUUCCAGAUUGGAAAUGACAUUUUAGUUUAUCAGAUUGGUAACUUAUCGCCUGUUGUCCAGAUUGGCACGAACCUUUUCUUCCACUUAAUUAUUUUUUUAGGAUUUUGCUUUGAUUAUGUUGAUGUCAUAGGUCAUUUUUUUUUUAAUUACAGAAGCAGGUGUUUUAAUAUUUAGAAGAAGAUGUAUAUCUUCCAUAUUUUGUUAUAUAUUUGGGAUAAAAUACGGCUUACUUUGCUUAAGAUUCUCAGGGAUAAACUUCCUUUUGCUAAAUGCAUUCUUUCUGCUUUUAGAAAUGUAGACAUAAACACACCUCGAAGCACACUCACCUUUUUCUUGUUUAAACUUUAUUCUUUGAGGGAAGCAUCGUUUUUAGAGAAAUCUUCUUUCUGUACUUCAUUUUUCUUUUUUUUUUUUUAACUUUUACUCUCUCGAAGACGAAGACCUUCCCACGUCCGUGAGGUGGGUUUUGAGCAAGGGAAGGUGACCCCGGUGAGCUGAGCAUAGCCAGGCUGGCCCAGAGCUGAGACGGGGAGCGCGGUACAAUCUGGUGCCCACAGCCGUCGGUCUGAGCCUCCCACUGAGACAGACGGAGCCUUCCCAAGGGCGCCUUUGGUUCUGUGAAUAUCUCCUUUCUCUUCUUCCUUCAAUUUCAUACCCACUGCCUGUGCCGACUCCAUCCAGACUCCCUGCGCUGCCCACCACUGGAAGGCAACUGGGCCCCCUCGCGCACAAGGCGCUGUUCCUGGCGCUGUCCUGAAGAUGUGAAUGGGUGGUACGAUUUCAACGCUGGUUAAUUUCAUACUCCGUCUUCCUGCUUUGUAAAUACCCAUCAGGAAGAGACUUCUUUUCCAUGGCGAAGAGCAAUAAACUCUGGAUGUUUGUGUGCGUGUGUGGACAGUCUCAUCUUCCAGCAUGAUAGGAUUUGACCAUUUUGGUGUAAACGUUUGUGUUUUAUAAGAUUUACCUUGUUUUUAUUUUUCUACUUUGAAUUGUAUACAUUUGGAAAGUACCCAAAUAAAUGAGAAGCUUCUAUCCUUGA